GCGUGGCGCCAUUUGGGACGACAGCAGACGUGACGCAGCGCCCGGCAAUGGUCGCGAGUCUCUCGGAGGGGUAAUCAUCCUUACCGGGAGGGAGACAUUCCUGGCCGGGUUCUCACAUCGCACACAAGGCGGAGAUAACAAAGCCGCAACCAGAGACGCUGUGCGAUAGGACAGGCAUCUUCCAGCAACCUUCCCUGUGGCCAGGUCCGCCCGAAGUUUCCUCCUGCCCAGUGAGAGGGGAAAUGAGAGGGAGACAGCCAUUUCCGAACACUUAAGCAGCUGGGAUUGGUCAAACACGAGCACACUCUUACUUUAACGUACUGAGAUUUCCUCGUCGUGUAACGUGUUCCCGCGUUGUGAAGAUGAUGGCUCUCCAUUCGCUGUUUGUCUUGGUCCUAGUGGUGUGCCUGUCCCAUCAGUCCGUUUACUCCCGAACGCUUCAGGACGAGACCGCCGACACCUCCCGACAGGGGUCGAAUGUUGCCGAGUAUUACCGACAGGAAGGAAACAACGGGCGAUGCACCUACACGUUCGUUGUUCCGACCGAGGAUGCGCCGUGUGCAAAAUCCGCCCAGGAUCACAGUACCGCCAUUUUGGAAAUAAAAGACGACAUGGGGAAAAUGAAGGCUCUGUGGUCUGAUUUGAAAGAACGACUAACUGCACUGGAACAACAAAAUAGCCAAGUGUCAACGGCACCGGAGCAGAUAAUGGACCAGUCCGCCAAUAUAGAAAGCCGUGUGCAAGAGAAUGAACGGAAAAUCCAACAUCUCAUGUCGUUAAUGAUAAACCACACACAUGACAUCAAGGUCCUGCAAGACUCGUAUCGUCAGGUGGACAAUAAUGCGCUAGUUUUAUCUCGCGUCAUGGCGGAGAUUAUGGAGCAGAACCGGGGCCUUCAGGCGGGUCUGAUCGACGAUCGCGGGGCAGUGACAAAGCUUCAGUACGCGGUCUCUAACCAGACGGAGACGACCAACCAGCUGCGAGCGCUGGUCGUCCGCCAGAACGAAGUCAUCAACGAGCUCAGCAAGCAGAUUCUCGAGAACCGCGAGAAUUCCCGAGAUUUGGAGAGACAGUUGGGAUGGUUGAAGCACGCGCAGGCAGAGGGAACCGCCGACGACCGCGAGGGGAUGAAGAACCUGACAGAUAUCAUCUUCAACCUGCAGAACGACAUCAUUCGCGAGCAGGCCUCGAUUCGCGGCCAGCUGCGCUCGGUCCUAAGGAAGCAGAAGAGGUCUGGGAAGAAAUUCGAGGAGACCAUCCGGGACCUGACGCAAGUGAUUGUGGGAGUUCAGAAGGAGGUGAACAAGGCUUCCCUGAAGGAAGCGAAUGACGCGUCCUCCACCGUGACGCUGUACCAGAGAGCGGGGGCGAUGGUCGCGCACGACAAGCGGCCCAUGUCCACCGCUACCGGCCAGAACGAGCCGGCCAAGAAACUACCCCUGCUGGUCAUGGACCUUCCCAAAGGAGGCAGAGCGGAGGCCGUCAAACUUGCAAACGACUGUGCUGAGAUCUACCGUGGUGCACACCGGAAGGACGGCGUCUACACCAUCGGCAUUGGGCACGACGUCAUGUCCGUCUUCUGCGAUAUGACGACGUCACAAGGAGGGUGGACCGUCUUCCAGAGACGCCUGGAUGGCACCGUGGACUUCAGCAGGAACUGGGCUCACUACAAGCACGGCUUCGGCACACCAGGGGGCGAGUACUGGCUUGGGAACGAGAAUCUGCAUCUCCUGACCAGAGGCGGCAAGUACAUGCUGCGGAUCGAUUUCGAGGAUUGGGAGGGCGUGAAGCGGUUCGCGGAAUAUGACAGCUUCAAGUUGGAACCUGAAGUCGACAAGUACCGCCUGAGGCUGGGGAACUACGACGGUACGGCGGGAGACGCUCUGAUUCACGACAAGAACGACCAGUUCUCCACGUACGACCAGGACCACGACAGCAGCCAGAACAACUGCGCCCAGCUGAAGAGCGGAGGCUGGUGGUACAGCGACUGUAGCAGGUCCAACAUCAACGGAAGGUACUACCAGACCGGCUUGUACCACUCCACCUACCAGAACGGAAUCUACUGGCACGACUUCCGGGGGGUGUGGUACUCUCUCAAGUCCGUACAGAUGGCAAUCCGCCCCGUGGACUUCAGGCCGUAAAGCACCUCACAAGGAGGAGAGUCAGUCGUAAAUGCCAGGAAACGGUUGUUUCUAGUGACAUGAAGUUUCCAGGAGUCCCGAGAAGACGAGUUCUCUCUUGUGACGAUGACGUUCCUCGGAGUUCCAGGAGCGCGUCUUGUUUUCAGUGACCAUGAUGUUCUCGGAAGAGCCGAGAACGCGUCUUGUUUUCAGUGACCAGGAAGGUGCCUGUCACACUUCUAGGAAUACGUGUUGUUUCUAGUGAUGAUGUGAGUUUGUCGGAUUUCUAGGAUCUAGGAACUCUAUUGAAGCCACCAUCAAGUUCCUCAGGCUACCUUGGUGAUAGUAAGGUGGUUCUCUUGUGUUGAUGGUUGGGUGUUGGACGCGCUGUCUCCGACAAAAGGCGUCUUCGGAUAUGUGACUUGACCUGGAACUACACUAAUGUUAACUUUCAAAGUGGAUGUCUGAAUACUGAACGUUUUAGCUGGCUUUUUAUUUAUUGCGCGCUUCAAUUUAAAAGUCUAAAUGAUAAUCUGGCAAGUCGCUCUCAAAUGAUGUAACUAGUUAAAUAACAGACUAGGUUUAACAAAGAUAAUAGCGUAAGAUAGAUUUAAGUUUAGUGCGGUCCCCGUGUAGUAGGAAAGACCACUAUCUAUACAUCAAUAGUCUGCCUAACAUGUAACUUUGAGAUGAAAAAAGGACCUGAGCUCGUAGCUAUAUGUUUGACGUUGUACCGUUAACGUAACCACUGCCUGUUUACGAACCGCUAUAUAAACCUUUUAACAGUUAUCACUGCAGGCUUUUCUAAAUCUUUGGUAAUUUUCUUCUGCUAGACCUAGCUACGGUCCUUGUUUUCCUUUCUACCUCGAAUAUAAAGCUGAAGUUCUAUAACAUUAUUUAAACUAACAAUAAAAACAAGCGUUCCAGUGAUAUCACUCCUGGGCUGACGUACCGACACAGACGUUUUGAUUGACUGAUUAGUUCUUACUUAAACAAUAAGUAGGAAUGUUUGAGGAAGAGGCUGUGGUCAUUAAGCGUCUAAAAUGCGGUUUAACCAUGUUUCAACUGAUUACACUUUGAUGGAAAUUUAACCUCAAAGGAUUCUUGCCUUGAGAUUGCACCAUCUGUAAGACAGCACCAUUCUCACGUCGCCUAGAAAUCACCAGACACACUAAACAAAUUUUCGUCCUGUCGAAAGGCACUCGAGGCUGACCUUGGAAAUCCCGAGGGGUCACAAGGCCAAGCUGUGCCCCACCGCCCAUCACUCGUGGCACGUGCGGCAUGUUCCCGUGCCCGUAAGCGGCGGCCCGCGGCACACAGGCCGGUAUAGCGCGCCAAAUUGGCCGCGACAUGCCGGUAAACAACCAAAUAUAUCAAAUUCCAGUUUCGUCGUUAGAGCACUUUUCUCCCGUGGGACUUUUUAAACACGACCUUUAUUUGAAGCCAUGAUAAGCUCAUCCAGAUAUAAUUACCCCUGGACAUUCUUACCAAGGGAUCGUUCAUUUGAAAGUUCAACUCGUUGUGGGUGGCAAUGGAAGGUAAAAAGCUUGAUAUGUCUACAUAGACAUCGGUAUCUAACAUACAGUGGGUGAACAAUGCAGUGGGUGUAAAGAAUUAGAAUUGGUUAACUGUACACAAAGCAAAUGCCCUAAACAUCCAACCCAACAUAGCUAAAUAUAAAAUGUAAUAGCUCAACCAAAAUGUCUUCAUCGAAAGUUUCAAUCCAGUACAAAAACCAAGCAUUUAAAUCAAGAUCACUUCUGUUUUGCUAACUAAGAAAUGAUAAUAUUCACCAAACAGUUAAUAGACGGGCAUGAGCACUUAGUACCAAAAAUCCGGAACAUGUCAU